AUGCUUCUAUUUUUACUUAGUGCUCUUACGCUUCUGUUAGCUUUUAAAGAUCUCGUUUGUCAUCACUUUUUUUUCCUAAGCGAGUUUUCGACGCUACGUUUCCACACAACUGCGGAUCUUCAAUAUAUUGAAGAUCCUGCAACGGAAAAAUGCCGAAGCACUGUGCAAGCUAUGAAGGAAAUGAAGAUUGCCUCCUAUGGUCUCUUAGUGCUCAAUACGGAGUCACCUCUGUUCAUGCAGAGAACUAAAAGGAAGCUGGAAGCAAAGGAAAUGAAAAAACGAGAAGCUGAAGCGAAGAAACGACCACAAAAAAGGCAAUGUGAACUCCCUUUCCGCCUUGCACGUACGACGACAUAUGAUUUUGCACGUCUUGUUCGUAGCAACAAUGGUCUACAUUUACAAUCUGAUUCGAAGCCCAGUUGGAAACGAGAGAACAAAAAUGAUGCCACAGACGAAGAUGGUAAAAAAAGGAUGUGCUUGAAAAAUAGUGACAUGUAUUAG